CCAGCACCCAAAUCAGAUUUCUCUCCUUUUUGCAAUCCCAAACACCAGGCCCACCACCACCCCUGUUUUCUUCCCCCCCGCCCCUCUUUUCGUGUUGUUUGGUGUUUUGCAGCCAAGAAUGUCAGAUUCGCACUUGGACUGGACGCUCCUGGGUUCUGACCUAACAGCACUCAUCCUCUCCCACCUUCCCAUCGCCUCCAUCAUCCGCGCCUCCGCCGUCUGCAAGCUCUGGCGCUCCAUCAUCUCCACCCCCUCCUUCUCCAACCUCCUCUCCACCUCCGCCCACCACCAUCCAUGGUUUUUUCUCUUGGGACAGAGCAACAUCUUACUCAAGAAUAAUCAGUCCUUUGCCUUCGACCCUGACUCCAACCUCUGGCUCCCCCUCCCCCCCUCCCUUCUCUUCCCUCCUCCCCACUACCACCACCACUCCCUCAUCGGCUCUAACGGCCUCGUUUUGUCCACUACCUCCUCUUCCCGCUUCCUCUUCUCCCCAAUUCUUUCCAAAUCCUGGCACCUCACCUCCCCCCUCCGUUUCCCCCGCUCCAACCCUCUUGUCGGUGUUUUCUCAGAUGGGUCUGGGUCCACAAAGUUUAUCGUGGUGGGUGGCGUCAGAUUCAUUGGUGGGUUGGUGGACAUUGAAGAUAGAUUGGAUGUUGAGAUCUACACCCCCAAUUUGGAUGCUUGGGAGCUUUGUCCGCCGCUGCCGGUGGAUUUCAGAUCUGGGAAUUCAUCGCAGUGGCUGUGCUCAGCUUUAUACAAGGGAAAAUUCUACGUGUUUGGAAUAUAUUCUUGCUUCAUUUCUGCCUUCCAUUUGACCAAACACUUCUGGACCGAGGUCCAGACGCUAAGGCCGCCCGGCGUGUCGUUUUCGUUCCUCAUCGCCUGCCGGGACCAGCUUGUGCUGGCUGGGCUCUGCAACUCGCCCCGCGGGCCGUCGGUGAAUCUGUGGAGGGUUGAUGAGGAGACGAUGGAGUUCAGUGAGAUUGCCAUUAUGCCUCAGGAUUUGCUGUACAAAUUGUUUGAUGGUUAUGGGGAUGACAAGUUUGCAAGCUUGAAAUGCGUGGGGUUGGGGAAUUUGAUCUAUGUGUUCAAUGAAGAGUACCACAAGAGUUACCCGGCUUGUGUUUGUGAAAUUAACAGUGGGACUGGCAAGUGCAGCUGGAGGAGAAUCCCCCAUUUGCCCAAACCUGUCAAUCAGUUUCACAAAGUCAUUAGCUUUUGCUCCACCAUUCCCCUUGGGAAUAUUCUCCGGAUUGGAGAGGAGGAAAUAGGGGCCUGAUCAACAUGUCUUCAAGCAUUUGAGGAGAUGGAUUUUCAAGACUGAACCACAGAGAGUUGGAAAUCAUGUCUUUAUUAAAGGAAACAUCAGAAUAUAAAACCUGACUUGUGUAUGUGACAUUGGCAGUGGGUCAGGUAAAUGCUGGUGGUGGAAGGUCCUUUAUUUUCACCAUGAAUCAAGGUAAUAAGCUGUUGUUCGAUAAUUCUGCUUAAUGAUUUUCUUAGAGGCAAAGAGAUCAAGAUCUGGGGCAGGUUUUUUUUUUAAUUCAUCCAUUUGUACUCUUGUAUGAUCAAUCCCCAGGAACUCGCCUUUCUUAGUUCAUUUUCAUCUGUAUUAUAUCAUAGUCAGCAUCAUUGUAAGUGAAUUUAAAAUCACAAUGUUAUGAACUGUAUGCAGUAAUUAAGAGCUUAGCAUUUAUCUUUCAGAGA